AUGGCGGGGCCUGGGCGGUCUGUGCCCCGGGUGGGCAAGGGCGAAGACGCCUGCCGCCACUAUUUUCCCAGGCAGUGCGGGCGAGGCGGAGAGAGACUGGGAGCAGCAGUGGUGACUGCAGCGGGCCGCCCUGUGCCCUCUGCUGUGACCUUCACUGCGGGCGCUCCUGCUCUUCUUCACCCGCAGGGGAAUGAAGCGGUGUGCACUGCGCGUCCCGCCGCUGCCCGCGCGGGGUCCCUGGGGGCGGCCGCCGAAGUCUCUUCCUCCGCGGAGGCCCGGGCCAGCGAGGGCCGCUUCUGCCGCUCGUCGUCCAUGGCUGACCGCUCGGGCCGCCUGCUGGAGAGCUUGGACCAGCUGGAGCUGCGGGUUGAAGCAUUGCGAGAAGCAGCGAGUGCCGUUGAGCAGGAGAAGGAGGUGCUCUUGGAGAUGAUCCACAGCAUCCAGAACAGCCAGGACAUGCGGCAGAUCAGCGACGGAGAACGCGAAGAGUUAAACCUGACUGCAAACCGUUUGAUGGGACGAACUCUCACCGUUGAAGUUUCGGUAGAAACCAUCAGAAGCCCGCAGCAGGAAGAGUCCCUAAAACACGCCACGCGGAUCAUAGACGAAGUGGUUAGUAAGUUCCUGGAUGACCUGGCCAAUGCCAAGAGUCACUUAAUGUCACUGUACAGCGCAUGCUCGUCCGAGGUACCACCAGGGCCAGUGGACCAGAAGUUUCAGUCGAUAGUGAUUGGCUGUGCUCUUGAGGAUCAGAAGAAAAUCAAGAGAAGACUAGAGACUCUGCUUAGGAACAUCGAGAACUCAGACAAGGCCAUCAAGCUGCUGGAGCACUCAAAGGGAGUGGGUGCCAAAGCCCUGCAAGCAAAUGCCGAGAGCAGGCUGAAUUAGCCUUCAGGGCUGCAGGCACUAGACGAUGGGGUCCCAGCCGUACUCACUGUUAGGUGUUGCCACGCAACAGGUUGUGUCAGAUAAGGGAACCACUGCAGUGGCAAGCUUUUCCCAUUCAAUUAAAACUAGCAUUUUAAUUAUCUAGGCCUUUCAGAUUCAAUUCUUGCCUCACACUAGGAUGUAGCACUACGUAUUUUGCCACUUUGUAGAUGAGCACAUUAUGUGAAGGAAGGGACAGCUCCGCUAGGGCCAGGGUCGCUGCUCUUCGCUGGACAGGGGCCAGGAGCUGGUGGAACAGGCCGAGCACCCGGGAGGCCUAGAGGAUCCAGGGAUGGUAGCAGCCCUUCUGUGCUGAGGGGUCUGUGUCAGAUCAUUUGAAGCUAAAGAUCUUUGCAUCUUGUGAUAAAUUUUUAUAUACUCUGACACUAGGCAUACAGUGGGACAGUCACCUUUAGUUUUACCAGUGUGAUUACACGGCCACUUGGUUUCUCAAAUGUAUUCUUCUCAAAUCUCUGUUGUAACUUGCCUUUUCUUGUUGGAAUGGUUCCUGGCAAUUUUAAAGACAUUUCAUGUAGCUGUGCCGUAAUUCUGGUCCAUGUCCCUCUUCUGGGACUUUUGGGUUCUUUGUCUCUUGUUGCUGUUCCUAGGACACAUUCAUGUAUGGGGCCUUGUCUUUGUAUAAAUUCCCACUUGGGGUGUGCUGGGUCAGCGGGGAUAAACACUUUCCAUGGCCUAACACUUACCUCUACAUUUUUUGUAUAAAAGUCACAUCUGUUUAUAUACUGUCUUCAGUAAUUAAAUGUAGCCACUUCAU